UCUCGGCACCAUGUCAAACAUCAGAGAGCCCAGUUAUUCUAUAGGAAGAGGUUGUGUGCCAUUUACGCCGGUCUCUUGAAGGGGACAAGCUUGUUUUUCAUUGGGAGAUGGAAAACUCCUUCUGAUGGUUACAGCGGGACUUCUGUAGGGAUUCCUGUUUCUAGUUCAGUAACUGUAACGGGAUUUACUCAAAAACCCAUCUGUAUUACUGGGAUAUCCCCGCCGGGAACAAUUUAAAACGGGGGAAGAUGGCUCUGUGUUACCUCUACGCACUAUGCGUGUGGAUAGGUUUGCUGCAUCCCUCGCUGGGAACCGGGUUUGUUUAUCGCUUUCCAGGGAUCACCCUGCAGCGGCAGCGCCUCCACUCCGAACAGAGCUCCGGUGCGGGUCCACCGGGACCCGGGUCCUCACUUAGGAACUGGUGUCAGUACACGGUUUCCAGGACAGUGCCCUGUAAAGUGCACAAUGGGACUGAAACCUCAGUGCAGAGGGUGAUGCAGGCCUGUCGGUGGCCUGGACCAUGCAACAAAGCCAUCAGUUACAGAACUGUUAUCAAGCCAUCGUUUAAGAUUACUUACAAGCAAAUCACCGCUCUGGAGUGGAGGUGCUGUCCUGGGUUUGUGGGGCUGGAGUGUCGUGAAGAAUGCAUGAACUGCACCAGUUUCAACAGCAUGAACAGCAGAAUAAAGGCCAUUGAAUCAAAGAUCAAACUGUUAGAGGAUGGUCGAUCACCUCCACCUGAAGUCAAAUUACCAGACGGCUCAACAGGAAACGAGGUGGACACUCGUCAGCCCACUCCACCGCCGUACCUGCCGCCAGUACCAGGAGCCAGAGGGCCACCAGGACUUGUUGGGCCCCCUGGCCCUGCUGGACCACAAGGGAUUCCAGGUCCUCCUGGAAGAACAGGUGAUCAAGGAGCUCUGGGAGAAAAGGGGGACAGAGGUCUCCCAGGUGAGACCGGCCAGCCCGGUUCUCCAGGUCUUCCUGGUCCACCAGGUCCUCCAGCGUCAGGUUCUUUUCCUUUACCCAUUCGGGGAGACGUUUUCCAUACAGCGGAGGACCUGAACAGUCAGGUUCUCACUGCUCCAGAAAUCAGAGCUGGUCCUCCCGGUCCAGCAGGUCCUGCCGGCCCCUCGGGUGCCUCUGGAGAAAGAGGACCUGAAGGGAACCCAGGUCUUCCUGGACCAGAUGGUAAAGAUGGUGUCCCAGGCAGACCAGGCAGUCCUGGCCCUAAAGGAGAUCCAGGGGAAAGGGGGUCCCUGGGUGCAAGAGGCGAACCGGGCCUACCUGGAACACCAGGGCCAAAAGGAGAGCCAGGAGUGGGCUUGAAUGACGGUGAAGCGGUGCAGCAGCUCAGAGAGGCCCUGAAGAUUUUGGCUGAGAGGGUCCUGAUCCUGGAGCACAUGAUUGGAAUUCAUGAGAACUCUGAGGGAUCUGGAUUCGGCAGCAUUUCUGACCUGCUGAGUUUCUCCAGCCUGAAGACGAAGCGUCGUCAACCCAUUCAAACCUUUCCUCAGGCUCCAGUGCUUAACGGGAGGCAGAGACGGGUCCCUCUUUAAUGUUAUUGUAUCAUUUUUCAUUUGUGUGAAUAACUGUAAGGGAGUAUUGCCAUUUUUUUAUAACUGGAGGUACAUUUUUUUUGUUAACAUAGCUGUUCCUCAUAUCUGUUUGUGUCAGAUUUGUAGUUUUUUUUUUCUUUCCUGUUUGACAUAAAUAAGUCCUGGUAUAAACGUUCUUUGUAGAAGAGAGAUGUUGAACAUUUCCUCCAAAUCAAAUGAUUUAGUCACCUUUAUGACUCUGUUGCUGCCUUCCAUAGAGAUAGGUCAUAAAUGAUGAAGGUUUCUGGCAUCUUUCCUUCAUCAGAUAAAAGACUGAUUAGUAUCUCAUUCCUGGGGCUUAUGUUGGAAAGCUUUGCAUUCUUGAAAGUUGGACAAAAACAAAAUUUUUAGUAAUCUAAAAAUGUAUAUUGUCCGUCCUUUCUCUGUUGUAUUUUGGUUUGUGUUAAUGCUGUUGUAGCGGCUUCCAAAAAUAUCAGCCUGACAUAAAGUACAUCAAACAUCUGGAAGUCAGAUGAAAACGAUCCUGAAUUUCAGGCCAAAACCUCUGCUCGGCCCUGAAGCACCUGGAAGCUGAAAGAGCUGUAAACAUGACAGGAUUACAUCGACUUGUUUAAUAAACUGCCUCUGAGAUUUCUGUUUAAACUGAUAUGAUUUAUUGUACGAUAAGUCUCUAAGAGACCCAGCUGUAGGUCUCUGAAUAAAACUCCCACCAUGUCUGAA